AUGCUGCUGCCAACACUAAUAAUACUUGGCAGCGCUUGCCUUCAGGUGGCAAAUUCCAUUGUUGCUAGUCCCAAUCCCUUUGAAUUGUUCGAUGACGAUGGCACCUUUCUUGGUUAUAUGACUGUUCGGGGAGGAGAUGUGAAUCAUUGGGUCGAAGAUAAAGAUGGAUAUUCACUGUGUGGCGUCGAUGGAACCACACAUGUUAAUGACCGCCACUUGAUUACAGCACAACCAAAAGAGGGACGCCGGGAGCAUGCGCGAGUCCACCACGGAGAAAAAGUAGUUCGAUCGAGCCAUAACACCACCGGCACUGGAAGCAAUGAUACUCAUUUUUACUAUUGUGCCCAAACCGAAGAUGGCAAUGUGGUUCCCAAUACGGACUUCCCUGUGAUCUUUACGGACCCAAACCAAAUUUCGAAUCAUACGCUUCCGCCGCAUAUUCAUCGAACAGAAGCCAAGGCUGUAGAAGAAUGUGGUGACUUUUGUAAAGAUGAAGUGACCAAAGGAGCUGGAUCCAAACGAAGACUGGAAGCUUCUCCAAUCGCAACCACCGGAUAUUUACCCAAUCUAGUGGUGACUUUUCGCUUUGCCGAUCAUGGAAUGAGGAAAUUGCCGACAACGAAACAUUUAGAGGCUUUGAUGAAUACAAGAAAAGCUCUGCCGGGCAUUGCUCCAACCAAGGGAGUCAAGCAAGUGUUCCUGGACAACUCGAACGGCCAGUUUGAAAUUCAUUCUACUGUUACAAAUUGGGUGACUCUCGAUGACAAAUAUACCGAAGCUUACUGCGCCGAUAACGUUGGUGGUUUGGGUUAUGUCUUACAUGAAUGCUUGCACAAUGCUCUUUCCAAAGUGGAUCCAACCGUUAACUUUACCGACUUCGAUCCCAACGGUGAUGGCUACAUUGACUCCAUUGCCUUUUUGCACUCGGGAUACGGUGCCGAGCAUACCGACAAUAUGAACUGGAUCUGGUCACACAAAUGGAAAUUAUACAAGAAAGAGAAUGGUGAACGGGUCAAGAUGGAAUGGACUAGUGGAGAAGGAAUCAAGGUUCACGCGUUUCAUAUUUCACCAGCACUCUGGGGCUACUACGGUAACGAGAUUGGCCGUGUUGGAGUGAUUGCACACGAAACGGCACACUUUUUGGGGCUGGUCGAUCUUUACGACAAUGAGAUUGGAGCUGGCAUCGGAUACUGGAGUCUGAUGGCCAAUGCGUGGGGAUUUGACAGGUCUCAAAAAUACCCACCAUUUCUCGAUCCAUUUUCCAAAGGUCAGCUUGGUUGGGCGACCUUUACGGAAUUGAUGGAACCACAAAAUGGAGUGGUCGUGACACCUUCAUAUGGAACUCACGACUAUUACACGAUCCUUAAGGGAUUUCCGGUUGGCGAAUAUUUGAUCAUUGAAAAUCGUCAAAGAGAGGGGUAUGAUAAAUUGAUAAGUGAGACUGGAUUAUUGAUUUGGCACAUUGACACUCUCAAGGAUAAUAACCGUGAAGAAGGAUAUCCUGGGCAACCGGGCUGGCCCAAGAACAACAAGCACUAUAUGGUUGCCUUACUAGGUGCUGAUGGAACAUACCAUUUGGAAAAGGGCUUGAACCCUGGCGAUGCUGGGGAUGUCUUUCACGAAGGAGGCGUCACCAGUCUUGAUUCAUCCGUCGACAACUUUCCAAAUACUGCAUCGUAUCAGAAUGGUACACUGUUGGAGACUGGAAUCAUAAUAAAAAAUAUUCGAAGCGAUGGGGAAAAUAUGGUGUUUGACAUUUGUUUUGAUAAUACGUGUGCUUCGGACGAAGAAGAAGAUAAUUCGGUAGACGAGAGCGAAGGGGUUCUUGCAUCCUCGGACGAAGACGAAGAUAAUUGGAUAGUCGAUGAAGAUGGCUGGAUCCUUACAUCGUCGGACGAAGAAGAAGAUAAUAUUGCAUCCAGCGGAAGUUCUGGCACUUCCACCGGUUGUGAACUAGUCUCCGGCUGGCGGGAUAGGUAUACUGACAAUUGUGCAUGGUACGAGGAAAAUGACACCAAGGGAUGUCGGAAUGAGGGAAUGGUAAAAGGUACGGAUGGCAUUCGAGCAUGGGAUGCAUGCUGUCACUGCAAUACCGAAAAUUAG